CAAAGACAGACAGUUGAUAGCUGAGAAGGGGGCCGACAAAAAGACUGAAGCAUGAUGGUUGAAUUCAGACGGACGAAAGCGUCUUUAUUUCUGAUACUGAUGCUUCAGUUUACAGCAGCAGCUGGACAAUAUUCCCCCCACUUUGUUGUCAGAGAUGGAGAUGAAGUCACUUUGCCUUGUAGACAUAUGAUAGAUGAUCAGAGCGGAUGUGGCAGUAUUGAUUGGCUCCUCAGUGGUCCAGGAAGGUCAACAGUACAGCUGGUUAAAAAUGGGCAGAUUGGUGAAAACAUUAAACCGGACAGACUGAGCGUGACAGAGAAUUGUUCUCUGGUUAUAAAGAAGGUCACAGGCGAGGAUGUUGGUUUGUACACCUGCAGACGGAUCAUACCAAGACAUCAAUAUGAAGAUGCUAAUGUUCAUCUGUUUGUUAUUACCAUCACUGAACGUACAGACUCUGAGGAGGUGACGUUGUUCAUCACUGUGUUAACUCACAGACAGUGUGAAUACAGAGUGAAGUGGCUGCAUGAGGAUCAAAAUGUGGAGAAAGACAAAGACAUGGAGACAUAUCCCACUUGCUCAGCUACUGUGAAAUUUCCUACAACUUAUCUGAAGCAGGAUUUAAGAUAUCCCGACCUGUUCAAGUUUGAAGUGACCAAUCAUUACACUGGACAAGUGCAGCAGUUUGACUUCAGUCCUCAGCCCUCAGGUGGGAAAGCAGGUGAAGAAGCAACAACUUCAAUAUCAUCAGCACCACCAACAUCAACAUCAACAACAGCAACACCAGACGCUCGUACAGAUUGUUCUGUGGUGAACUACAUAAUGUUGGUGAUGCGUGUGGCUGAACUCGUCCUCAUCACUGUGAUCACUGUUCUUCUCAUCAGAGCUCGAGGAAGGCAGAGACCACCUGAUGACAACACUGUUUUAAACUCAGGAGGAAGCAGAACAGCGAGGCGUUCAGGUGCAGCAGCCAGUCAGGUAAAGAUGGUGAAAAAUGAUGAAGAUGAAGAUGAUGGUACCAUGGCAUAUGAAAACCCUGGAGCCACUUCUGCCUCUUUCAGACUCCACUGAUCCGCAACUUUCACAUCAACAUCGACUCAUAGAAGACCACAGCGCAAUUAAAUGACUUCACAUUUACGUCGGCAGCCGAUGGCUUUAGAUAACAAAUUAUAAAAUGUCUGUCGUUAGACGACAACAUUCAAAUCUUGAUUUCACCUCACAUCAGGAGGUUCUCACUGUGAGAAUCAGAAAAUGUCUUUUUCCUGCAUCAUUUGUGAAAUUCUUGAUUUCCUGCAGGUCGGAUCACGGCAGCUGGAUUUCAGCUUCAUUUAACAGGAAAGAUCAUUUAACUCUUGUUGACUUCCUUAAAUCAUCUUCCAGCUGAAGAGUUCAGAUCAUGGUUUUCAGAUUUACUGGUUGUUUUUGAAGCUGCAGCAUCUCGAGGUCAGUUUCAUGUCUCUGCGUCCAGAAGAACUCAUUUUAAUUCACUUCCAUUUCGCAGCAUUGUUGUUAACAUAUUUGUUGAGACGUGUAUGUGUUUGACUUGAAGGGGUCUUCAACCUUAAUGGAGUCAUCAACAGUCUUCUCUUUAUUAUAUCUGUGAACAAUGUCACCUGCAAAUAAAGAAAUA